CUCACUGUGACGCCUUCUCGCUCUCAGAUCCGCCAUGUGGCUCCGAGGUGGCUAAACGGAAUGAAUGCAGUUAGCGCCGUCAGCCAGACCAACUCGCCUCCGAGGUCAUUCCCGCCUUCUAAGGUUGCCGGGACUGCCUGCCCUCCAGCCGCUUCCUCCACCAGAUUUUCAGCUACUGAUGUUACAAACAAAAUAUUGGAACAUAGAGUUGAGGAAAAGACUUAAACCAGAUUUUUCUUCUAUUAGUUAAAAAUAUGGAUCCUGAAGCAGAGGGACCACCAAUUAUCAAAGUGACUCCUCUUCAACAAAUGCUUGCCUCUUGUACUGGAGCUAUACUGACAUCACUGAUGGUGACACCCUUUGAUGUUGUUAAAAUUCGACUCCAAGCCCAAAACAACCCAUUCCCCAAAGGAAAAUGUUUUUUAUAUAGUAAUGGACUUAUGGAUCAUCUAUGUGUCUGUGAAGAGGAAGGCAACAAAGCAUGGUAUAAGAAGCCAGGACGUUUCCAGGGAACAUUGGAUGCCUUUUUGAAAAUCAUUCGAAAUGAGGGAAUUAAGUCCCUGUGGAGUGGCCUUCCUCCUACCUUAGUGAUGGCAGUUCCUGCCACAGUUAUUUAUUUUACCUGCUAUGACCAAUUAACUGCUCUUCUGAGAUCUAAAUUAGGAGAAAAUGAAAGCCGCAUACCAAUUGUUGCUGGAAUUCUGGCCAGAGUUGGUGCAGUAACUGUAAUAAGUCCACUGGAAUUGAUUAGAACCAAGAUGCAGUCUAAGAAGUUUUCUUACGAGGAACUGCAUCAACUUGUCAGCAAGAAAGUGUCUGAAGAUGGCUGGAUUUCCCUCUGGAGGGGCUGGGCUCCUACCGUUCUUAGAGAUGUACCAUUCUCAGCAAUGUACUGGUAUAACUAUGAAGUUUUAAAGAAGUGGUUGUGUGCAAAAUCUGGUUUAUAUGAACCAACAUUUAUGAUCAACUUUACUUCAGGGGCAUUAUCUGGUUCUUUUGCAGCUGUUGUAACUUUGCCAUUUGAUGUGGUGAAAACACAAAAGCAGACACAACUUUGGAUAUAUGAAAGUCGGAAAAGCAUACUUAAUAAUACGUACUUUAGUCUUUCUUAAUGACUGCAAGUUGUCAUCAUUGUACACGUUGAUUACUGUAGAGUUUCAUAAUGCAGCUCUCAGAAGCUAGUGAGGAUAACUUAGGAGUGUUUGCCCAUCAUCCAGUGGUCUCAAACCACGACUUUGACAUCUUCAGCUUCACAGUCUUCACAUGGUAGUAUGCCUACUUCUUGGCAGACUUUUUUCACCUAUUGCAUCUAGUAGUCUGUGGGCUACGCCAGAUGCUUGUAAUCGUGUAAAAUGAAGGUAAGCAAACUUUAUGUAUGAACAGCUCGUUCAUGAGGUUUAUGUUUGAACUUCAGUAACAUCUAUUUUUGCUGUUUUCAAAAGAUAUAUAAAUUAGUUUUUACGGUGUUCCAGAUAUUUGAGUAAUUGCAAAUAAGUGAGAUGUUACUGUUAGUUACAGGAAAAAUCUUCCCUUUGGAGGAGACAGCACUGCUUUAAUUUAUUUCAAGACUGGUACAUCUAGUAUUCAGAAAGGUUUUAAUAAAGCAGGACCUCACUAGGGAGGAAGGAGCUAUUGUCCUCAAA